CGACUCUUUGGACACAUCGACCUACGACCUGGUACGCAUACGUCUCAACGCUCAAGCAAGUCAGGCAAGAUGAACUCCCUCAUGACCAUGGCUGUCAAGCACUUUGCCAACUCUGGCAAUGUCAAUCAGAUCCAGCAACAAGCCGCCCAGCAAAAGCCAGAAGAUGCCUCACUUUUCUCCAAUGCGCUUUCCAUGUUGUCCAGCGGCAACAACAAUCACGGCCAAGGCCAAUUUGAGGGCCUACAGGACCUAAAUGGUGAUGGCGUCGUGGAUGAACGAGACUUGCAGAUCGCCAAUGAACGUGCUCAUGCUAGCUCUGGCCAGGUAGACUCUUCUACCCUGGGUAAGGCUGGUCUCUUUUCCGCACUGGCAGGUAUGGCUGGUGGCAGCAGCGGUGGUCACGGACAGCAACAGCAGCAGCAGUAUGGAGGUCAGCAGCAACAACACUUCAACCAAGGUGGUCAGCAGCAGUACAACCAAGGUGGUCAGCAACAGUACAAUCAAGGCGGUCAGCAGCAAUUCAAUCAAGGCGGUCAACAGCAGUACAAUCAAGGCGGACAGCAGGGAGGAUAUGGCGGCCAGUCUCAAGGCCAGCCAAACUUGGUUGCAAGUGCCAUGUCGCAAGCUGCCCACCUCUUUGACCAGAAGCAGCAGAAUGGUCAGGUCCCUCAGGGCUCCACCAAGCAAUCGGCUGUGAACCAGGCAGCAGGGCUCGCCAUCAAGUAUCUCAUGAAGAAUGGACAAGCUUCAGCCGUUACUGGCAGUUCGGGCGGUGCGUCGAGUCUGCUCAACAUGGCUGGCAAGUUUAUGAAGUAGUAAUUGAUACUGAUCAUUCCUAUACGGGCGCCUGCUCGUCUUCAUGUCUCUUGUGGCUCUUACCAUAAUGCCAAUUGAUGGGCGACUCUGCGCCAGUAAAGACGAAUAAAUCAUACACGAGCGAGCCAAACAAGCAGCCCAGGAUCGGAGCUAGUAUACCGCCCCAUAAGAACCAGUAGUGAUGCAUAGUAAACACUUCGCCAGAAAGCGUAACGCAUGCUGCAAUGACACGAGGCGCAAAGUCUCGGAUUGGAUUUAAGCUGGGACCCAUAGGAUAGCCAAAAGAAAAGCCAAGAACAGCGAUGAUGAGUGCGAUGAUGAAGGGAUCAGUGCCUGUGACAGGUGGGCAAU